AACCGACCUCACCAAGAUGGCGCAUUUAAGAGGACGACAACUUCCGGUCGUGCCCCCAGGACGCUUGUCAUGACCUCAGCUACAUGGCGUACUGCUUUUGAAAUCUUUGCAGCAGCAACAAACAUUUGACAAUACGACAAGACAGUAGACAUUUGACAUGGCAGAGAGAAUGGCAGAGAUGGAGGAAGACAUUGGAGAUGUGCCAGCCGGAGAGGAUGACAAUGACUCAGACAGAGAUGAAGAUGAGAGACUGUUUGCUUGGAUGGUGAAUGACGAUAUGGAUGAGGACGAGGAAGAGGAGGAGGAGGAGGAAGAGGUGGAGGAUGAACAGCCCUUGGACACUGAAGCAUCUGAAUCGUUUGAGUUGGACACCCCAGCUGAGCGCAGUGGUCAUAUAGCAGUGAUUGAUAGAAACAUCAUGUAUGUUUGGGGAGGAUACAAGAAUGCCCAAAACCACGGAUUCUUUGACUUGUAUCUGCCAAGAAAUGAGAUCUGGACGUACAACAUGGAGUCAGGAGUCUGGACAAAGCAUGUAGCCGGAGGUAACCUGCACACAUCCAUGUCCGGCAGCUGUGGGGUGUGUGUUGAUGGAGUCCUCUACUUGUUUGGAGGUCAUCACGCCAGGGGAAACACAAACAGGAUCUACCGUCUGGCCCUUAGAGCUCCCAGCCUUGUUUGGGAGGAAAUGAGGGAUCUUAAAGGAAUCCCUCCAUCCUGCAAGGACAAGCUCGGGUGCUGGGUUCAGAAGAACAGACUUAUAUUCUUUGGGGGCUAUGGCUACGCUGCACAAGGACUUCAUCAAGGGACUUUUGAAUAUGAUGAAUCAUCCUCACUUGUGUGGGACAGCCCUGGAAGAGGUUGGAACAACCACAUCCACAUCCUGGACCUGGAGACAUCCACAUGGAGCCAGCCCAACACCACGGGGAACACCCCAUCACCCAGAGCAGCUCAUGCUUGUGCCACAGUUGGUAACAGAGGCUAUGUGUUCGGGGGACGAUACAAGAACUACAGACUAAAUGACCUGUACUACAUUGACCUGGACACGUGGGCGUGGCAUGAAAUGAGCGUUCCCCAGCAGGGUCCUGUCGGCCGGUCUUGGCACUCCUUCAGCCCUGUGUCACCAGAUCACAUCUUCUUAUUUGGAGGUUUCACCACAGACAGAGAGACACUGAGUGAUGCUUGGCUGUACUAUGUGAGCAAAAAUGAAUGGAAGCCCUUCAAACACAGUCACACGGAGAGCCCGAGGCUGUGGCACACAGCAUGCUCCGGUCCUGAUGGAGAGGUGUUUGUGUUUGGAGGGUGUGCCAACAACUUGUUGUCUCAUCACAGAGCUGCUCACAGCAACGAGUUACUGGUUUUCAACGUUCAGCCCAAAUCACUAGUUCGGUUCUGUAUGGAGGCUGUUCUGCAGCACCGGGAGCGUUUGUCCAGUUACUGGGACUGCUUGCCUAAACACCUCCUGCACAGCCUCAAACUGCGAAUGGCACGCGUCAACACACUGGGCUCCUAGGCUAAGAAGAAGCCGUUAAUCCAGUCCAGAGGAUUACAGGAGAAUAUGUACAGUAUGUAUGUAUGUGUGUGUGUAUGGAUGUAUGUAUGGAUGAGAUGAGUGUUACUCUCAAAGCAGGUAGUCCUAUUGGAGCAUUAGUUUAAUGUGUGUGGACACAAAAAAAUUCCCGAAGCAAUAGUGAACAGCUGUGGAACUGUUGGAAAUGGGUCCUGACUGGCACGCCAAGGUUCACAGGCGACCCCUCAAAGCGAUUAAUUACCUUUUCUGUAUAUUAUUUUAUAGGCGUUGAACUCUUGCAAAGCCAGUAGAACCUUUUAGUGGAGUAGCAGUGCUGGUGAUGCACAGCGUAUAAGAGAGAGCAGAAGUCCUUCUGGGUUAGUUUUUGUUCCGAUUUCUUUGCGAAGCAUAAUAAUUUUCAGGAUGACUUCUUUCAUUGCUCCUUCUGAAAAGCUUAAACAUAAUAGCGUUGUUUUUAUUUCCGUGUUCUAAGAUAAAUGGAUUGCUACAUCUGUACUGGAUAAGAAAACUUGAUGAAGCUAAAACAGUUAUUUUUGUCACCUUUUAGUAACCGCAAGUACAGUGAAGCUA